AACCAAGUAAAGUCUUUAGAGAUCAAGAAUGCCACCAAAAGGAAUCAAAAAAGCCGCAAAAGCCGUAAAGAAAGGCGAACCAUUGAGUUUCCAGUAUCCAAGAGUCACAGGGAAUCCGUUGAAAUUUGGAGCUCAUGUUGGGAUGGCAGGGGGGAUAUCGAAUGCUGUGACCAAUGCCAUGAACAUCGGGGCCAAUAGCUUUGCUCUUUUCGUGAAGUCCCCUAGAAAAUGGGUAUCCCCAGAUAUCAAAGAUGAAGAGGCCAAAAAAUUCAUUGACUUGUGUGAAAAAUACGGCUACAAUACUCGUACCGACGUUUUACCUCAUGGAACGUACUUUAUAAACCUUGCAAAUCCAGAUGAAGCUAAGGAAGCCCAGUCUUACAAUGCUUUUGUCGAUGAAUUGAAGAGAUGUGAAAAACUUAAUAUUGGAUUAUACAAUUUCCAUCCCGGUUCAGCAUUGAACGGUUCUCGUCCCGAUGCUUUGAAACAAUUAGCUAAAAACAUCAAUCGUGCCAUUAAAGAAACCUCUUUUGUCAAGAUCAUCAUCGAAAAUAUGGCUGGCCACGGUAACUUGAUCGGAUCUACUUUACAAGACAUCCGUGAUGUUAUUGACAUGGUCGAAGACAAAUCCAGGGUUGGGGUAUGCGUUGAUACUUGCCACAGCUUUGCUGCUGGGUAUGACUUAUCAGAUCAAGAUAAAUUUGACGAAUUUUGGAAACAAUUCGAUACCGUGAUUGGACCGGAGUAUCUCUGUGCAAUUCAUCUUAACGAUUCUAAAGCUCCCUUGGGUGCUAAUCGUGACUUGCAUCAAAAACUAGGUUAUGGUUUCUUGGGCUUGGAAGUAUUCAGAAUCAUUGCCAAUACCGAAAGAUUGCAAAACCUCCCCAUCAUCCUAGAAACCCCAGUCGGAGACGACGACUCCGUUUACGGAGAAGAAAUCAAAUUAUUGGAAUGGCUACAAAAUAAGCCAAAAGACGAUACUGAAUACCUUACUAAGCUGGAAGAAUUAUACAAACUAGGAUCCAAAGAAAGAGCUGAACAAUUGAAAAAAUUCGAAUCAAAAGUGGCCAAAAAUGAAAAAGCAGCCUCCAAAAAAAGAUCAGGCUCAGACAUCAGCUCAAUGCUUACGAAAAAGACAAAAGCCUAAUUAAUCCUUGUACAUUUAUUCAUGACUUUGUAUAUAUAAUCCUUUUUGCAACUGUAGAACUUGAUAUGGUUUCGGGUGUCGCACGACACUUCUUCCCAAUCCUGUUUUUUUUUUUUUUCUGCCUACAGAAAAUUUUAAG